AAACUUUAGAAGGCAGCCGCUUCAUUACUUUGCAAUAAAACUGCGUACUUGAAACAAGUUCUAUGUGAUUGGGUGGGAAGAUAGUCAUGCUGUUAGAAUGAACGUGUUCUUCAUCCCUUAUAUCAAGCCACCCAUCUGCAAUUGAUACUAAUCCAAUCCACCACUCUCUCUCAAAUCCCACUUUCCUUCUUCAAAGUAAUUCGUCUCCAACGUGAAAUGGAGGUGGAGUCCAUUGAACUCGAUUCUCAAAAGCCCCCUCGAAAAUCUGGUUUCAACAAGUACGUCCUCCUCUGCUCUCUUUUGGCCUCUACAAAUUCUGUCCUUUUAGGCUACGAUAUUGGAGUGAUGAGUGGGGCGGCUCUUUAUAUAAAAGAUGCCAUGAAAAUCAAUUCGGUGAAGGUAGAAAUUUUAGUGGGUAGUUUGAAUGUAUGUUCACUUAUAGGAUCAUUGCUUUCUGGGAAAACCUCAGAUUUGAUAGGUAGACGAUACACUAUUGUUCUUGCAGCAAUGACGUUUUUAGUGGGUGCAAUUGUAAUGGGACUAGCACCAAAUUAUGGGCUUCUUUUAGCCGGCCGUCUUCUUGCUGGCAUUGCUGUUGGCUAUGCCCUAAUGAUUGCCCCCGUUUAUACAUCUGAAAUUGCCCCCCCUUCUAAACGGGGUUUCCUUGCUUCUCUUCCUGAGUUCUUCAUUGUGAUGGGCAUUCUCCUUGGUUACAUCUCCAACUAUAUCUUUUCGGGUCUCUCUCCAAACAUCAACUGGAGAUUAAUGCUCGGAAUCGCCGCUGUGCCUUCUGUUAUCAUCGCCGCCGGGGUUAUCAUCAUGCCGGAAUCCCCCCGUUGGCUUGUGAGUAAAGAUAGAAUCGAGGAGGCGAAGGCGGUUUUGAUUAAAACUUCUCAAAGUUCUCAUGAAUCUGAGCUGAGACUUGCAGAAAUUGUAAAAGCCCAUGAAGAAUCUAAAAACAACAAUACAAAAGGGGUCUGGAUGGAGAUUCUCAGACCAACCCCCGCCGUUCGCCGGAUGCUUGUGGCGGCGAUUGGUAUAAAUUUUUUUAUGCAAGCAUCAGGCAAUGAUGCUGUAAUCUACUACACUCCUCAGGUGUUCAAAGGUGCAGGGAUUCAUAGCAAGAAAACUCUGUUUGGUGUAAACGUGAUUAUGGGAUUAUCCAAGACUGUGUUUGUAUUAAUUUCAGCUAUAUUUUUGGACCGUUUUGGACGGCGGCCGCUUUUGUUCAUCGGCACCACCGGAAUGGCUGUGUCAUUGGCCGUAUUGGGCGGAGCCUCGAAGGUCAUUGAAAGCUCUAACCAUAAGCCCAUGUGGGCUAUUGUAGUUUCCAUAAUUGCUGUUUGUGCAGAUGUUUCUUUCUUUUCCAUAGGACUUGGGCCUAUAACUUGGGUUUACUCUUCAGAGAUAUUUCCAUCGAGGAUACGAGCACAGGCUUCGGCCUUGGCAAUAUCGGUGAACCGGUUGGUGAGCGGGGCGGUGGCGAUGUCUUUUCUGUCCAUUUCAGAGGCUAUCAGUUUCGGGGGGAUGUUUUUGGUGCUUUCGGGAAUCAUGGUGGUAGCUGAUGUAUAUUUUUAUUUCUUUUUGCCUGAGACCAAAGGAAGGACUUUGGAAGAGAUGGUGAAAGUGUUUGAGAAGAAUGAUCCAGGCCAAGAAACAUAAUUCCUGCCUUGGAUCCAUUCUUCUAAAACACUUUUAGGUGAGCAUUUCAAAGUUAAAAGUGAAGCAAUACAUUUAAGUAACGCUAUCGUCUUUUACAUAUGAAUAAGAUUCCUUUGAUAUAAUGCCCA